CCGGAGGCGGCAUGGAGCGGCGCGUCCUCUGCGGGGUCCUCUGCUGGCUGCUGCUGCCGCUCUCCCUCCUGGCCGCAUGCCUCUUCCGGUUCAAUGGCCUCUCCUUAGUGUAUCUUCUCUACCUCCUGCUCCUGCCGUGGUUCCUGGGUCCUACUGAAGACACCAUUAAAGGUCACACGGGACGCCUCCUCCGAGCCCUCCUGGGCACCAGCAUCCUCUUCCUGCUGGCCCAUUUGGUCUUCCAAGUCUGCCUCUACACUGUGCCCGCUUUGGACCAGCUUCUGGGGAGCAACUGCAGCAAGUGGCAAAACCUCUCUGUGCACGUUGGAGUCACCAGGUUGGACCUGAAUGAUGUCCCAAACUCUGUACGCUUGGUGGCUCCUGACCUUGGGAUCCUGCUGGUCUCUGCCAUCUGCCUUGGCAUUUGCAGUCGCCUGGAGCCCAAGAAGCGACCUGCAGCCCGGAGCAAAAGUUCGGAAUCCGGCCCCCUCCCAGAGCAGGAAGAAGCGGCUGUGGAUGAAGGUCAGCCGAGGUCACCGAGAGCUGCCAGUGCCGAGGCGGAGGGCUCACCGAGGCGGCGGGCGCGGCUGGCUGCCCGGCUCCGGCUCACAGCUCACUGGCUCUUGAUGGCGGCUGGGAAGGUCCUGGCUGUUGCGCUUCUGGGGCUGGCAGGGAUCACCCUGCCGUCUGCCUUCUCCAGCGUGUACUUCCUGGUCUUCAUGGGGAUCUGCACGUGGUGGGCCUGCCACUUCCCCAUCAGCCAGCUGGGCUUCAACGUCUUGUGUGUGGUGGUGGACGUCUUUGCCGGAGGACACCUCAUCUGCCUCUACGGUUACCAGACCCCCUUCAUGCAAGAGACCCUCCCGCCCGCGGACCUCUGGGCACGGUUGUUUGGCUUGAAGGACAUCAUCCAACAUGAGGCCUGCAGGAAGCCCAACGCACUGCUCCUCAACGUGGACCUCCCGUGGCCGGUGUAUGCCAACCCGGGCAUCUUGCUGGUGCUCUAUUACGUCUUGGCCACCCUGGUGAAGCUCCGCAGGUCCCGUUCCGAUGACCAGCGGAGGGAUGUUCCAGAUUCGGCCUCUGAGUUCCUCGAGAUGGAGCACUGGCCCCGAGACCAAGAUGGCCUGGCUGAAGAUGCCAAGCCAAUGCUGCCCUCUGCAGCCGAGCCUGAGAACUGCACGGUGCACGUGAUCGGAGAAGCCGACCCACUAGCUGGCAGAAAACGCGAGCGGCGUAAGGAGAAGCAGCUGCUGCAGUCGCUGGGCCACGUCAUCAUGAACCAAAGCUACGUCUGCGCCCUCAUCGCCAUGAUGGUGUGGAGCAUCACCUACCACAGCUGGCUGACAUUUGUGCUGCUGCUCUGGGCGUGCCUGAUCUGGAUUGUGCGGAACAGGCAGCAUUUCGCCAUGCUCUGCUCCCCCUUCAUCCUCCUCUACGGGAUGGCCCUCUGCAGCUUGCAGUAUGUCUGGGGCAUGGACUUGAAGGAGGAGCUGCCCACCAAGGUCGGCUUCAUGAGUCUGGAGCAGCUGGGCCUGGCGCGGCCCCCUUACCCCUGCUUCACCCUCGGAGCUCAGCUCCUUUACACCCUCACCUUCUGGCUUCUACUGCGACAGUUCGUGAAGGAAAAGCUGCUGAAGAAGAAGGCGCCCCCUGCCCCUUUGGAGGAGGUCACUGUGGCAGACUCAGGGCCAGCCCACCAGCGGGACAUGCUGAAGACCCUUGGGGCUUACGUGAUGGGCUUCUUUGCCAAGUUCUGGAUCCUGGUGUGUGCCGGCAUGUUCAUUGUGGUCAGCUUCGCGGGGUCUCUGGUCGUCUACAAGAUUGUCUACAUGCUUCUCUUCCUCCUCUGCCUCACCGUCUUCCAGGUGUACUACAGCCUCUGGCGAAAGCUCCUGAAAGUCUUCUGGUGGUUCGUGGUGGCCUACACCAUGUUGGUGCUGAUUGCCGUGUACACUUUCCAGUUUGAGGACUUCCCCAUGUACUGGCGAAACUUCACGGGGUUCACUGAUGAGCAGCUAGAGGACCUGGGCCUGAGACAGUUCACCGUGACUGAGCUCUUCUCCAGCAUCUUCAUCCCGAGCUUCUUCCUCCUGGCGUGUAUUCUGCAGCUUCAUUACUGCCCUUUCAUGCGCAUCACUGAUUGGAGCUUGCCACGGCGCGGAGCUGCAAGCGAAGACGUCAGCGGGAGUUGUGCUCUGCUACCAGCUGAGGAGGGAGAGGCCGAAGGCCACGAAGCCAAAGAUGGAGCUGAGGCUGCGCGUGAAGAAGGGGUGCCCAGCAAAUGGGGUUUGGUGCUGAAGCGCUUGAUGGUGCUGGGGAAGAAGUUCUCCGAGAUCGUCAGCCGCGUCCAGGUCUUUGUGCUGCGCCUGCUGGAACUCCACAUCCUCAAGCUGGUGGCGCUCUACAUUGUCUGGGUGGCGCUGCAGGAGGUGUCCGUGAUGAAUUUCCUGCUGGUGGCACUCUGGGCCUUCGCCGUGCCCUACAGCCGCUUCCGCCACAUGGCCUCGUGCCUCUCCACUGUCUGGGUUUGCAUCAUCAUUGUUUGCAAGAUGCUGUAUCAGCUGAAGAUUGUCAACCCGGAGGAGUACGCCAGCAACUGCACCCAGCCAAUUGGCCCCAACAGCACCAACCUCCUGCCAGAGGAGAUCGGCAACUCCACGCUCUACCGGGGCCCCGUCGAUCCGGCUAACUGGUUUGGCAUCCGCAAAGCCGUCCCCAACCUGGGCUACAUCCAGACCCACCUGCAGGUUCUUGUGCUGUUAGUCUUUGAGGCUGUCGUGUACCGGAAGCAGCAAUACUUCCGCAAGCAGCACCAGCUGCUCCCCCCGCCCACCCAGAUGGUCUUUGAAGGGGCCACGCGGGAGACCCUGGACCAGAGCUUGCUGCAGUGCAUCAGAUACUUCAUCAACUACUUCUUCUACAAAUUUGGCCUAGAGAUCUGUUUCCUGAUGACGGUGAACGUGAUUGGUCAGCGCAUGAACUUCAUGGUGAUCUUUCACGGCUGCUGGCUGGUGGUCAUCCUGACACGCCGGAGGCGGCAUGCCAUUGGUCAACUCUGGCCAAAGUACUGCCUCUUCCUGGCUCUCUUCCUGAUCUUCCAGUACCUCCUCUGUGUCGGCAUCCCUCCGGCCCUCUGCAUCGACUACCCGUGGAGGUGGAGUCACAGCAUCCCCGUCAACUCUGUCCUCAUCAAAUGGAUGUACCUCCCCGACUUCUACGUGAAGCCCAACUCCAUCAACCUCCUGAGUGAUUUCCUCCUCCUCCUCUGUGCCUCGCAGCAGUGGAAGGUUUUUGUGGACGAACAGACGGAGGAGUGGGUGCGGCUAGCGGGGGACAAUGCUGAGCAGCUGGAGCCUCUGGAGGGGAAGCCAAACCCAGUGCCCAACUUCAUCAAUUGCAGGUCCUACCUGGACAUGCUGAAGGUGUGCGUCUUCCGCUACCUCUUCUGGCUGGUGCUGGUGGUCGUCUUCGUCGCGGGCGCCACCCGCAUCAGCGUCUUCGGCCUGGGCUACCUGACGGCCUGCUUCUACUUCCUGCUCUUUGGCACUGCCCUCCUGCGACGCCCCCUCAGGGCCCGGCUGGUGCUGUGGGACUGCCUCAUCCUCUACAACGUCACUGUCAUCAUAGCCAAGAACCUGCUCUCGCUCCUGUCCUGCGUCUUCGUCCAGCAAAUGCAGAGCAGCUUCUGCUGGGUGAUCCAGCUCUUCAGCCUUGCCUGCACCGUCAAGGGCUAUUACGACCCCAAGGAUGUGGACAAGAAGGAGGACUGCGCACUGCCCGUGGAGGAGGCUGGUAUCAUCUGGGACAGCAUCUGCUUCUUCUUCCUGUUGCUGCAACGCAGGGUCUUCCUCAGCUUCUACUUCCGGCAUGUCGUGGCCGACCUCCAGGCCUCGGCCCUGCAAGCCUCCAGGGGCUUUGCUCUUUUCAAGGCCAGGAUGCUGAAGAGAAUGAGCUCCCACCGCCGGGCGGAGAUGAGGUCUCUCGUCCAGCUGAAGCGGCAGAUGGAGCGAAUCCGGGCCAAGCAGGAGAAGUACCACCUGGGACAGCAGGCGACAGACUCCGAAGAGGCCCUGGAGGGAGACAAACCAGAGACAGGCGCCAAGAAGGACCCUUCCCACCAGAGGAAGCGCUGGUGGCGGCCCUGGCAGGAUCAUGCCACAGUGCUGCAUUCGGGAGAUUAUUUCUUGUUUGAGACGGACAGUGAAGAGGACGAGGAGUCGCUUCCGGAGGAUCAGAAGCCGCCCAAGCAGAGCGCCUUCCAGCUGGCUUACCAGGCCUGGGUGACCAAUGCCAAGGCGGCCCUGAAGGAGCGGCAGAGGCAGGAGAAGGAGCAGAAAGCGCUGGAGCAGGUGGAAGGUGACGUGAAGAAAGGAAGUGGACUGCCUGGGCCCAGUGGCCAAGAAGAGGAGGAGGAGGAAGAGGAAGAAGAAGCAAGCCCAGAGAAGAGCAACGUCGUGCAGCGGGUCUUGAACGUGCUGCACUUCCUGUGGGUGCUUUGCCAGGCCAUGGCAGACGGGCUGACCCAAUGGCUGCGGGCCUGCACCAAGGAGCACGAGCAGCUGUCUACCGUGCUGGGCCUGGAGAGAUAUGUGCUCACUCAACAGCUGGACCAGGCUGAGGAGGUGCAGAGGGGGGUCCUAGACGAGCUGUAUCAGCCGGCAGCUGCUGCGGAUGAAGCUUUGGAGGAGAUCGCUUUGCCCGGGACCACGGCAGAUUCUCCAAACAGCAUGGCUUCCAGUGGGUGCGAAGGCGCAGAAGUGCUCAGCACUGAUACUACCGGCUAUGGCACCCGGAGCGCCAGCGAGGAGCAGAUCAUGUCCAUGGGCUCCCGGGAUGACGUGGAGCUCCUUCCCAGCAGCUCCCAAGAACUCCUGGCCUACCCCGCAACCCGGCCUCGCACGGCCAGCGAAUUGCUGCUGAACAGACGCAUCUCCUUCGAGGAGCUGGAGGAGUCAGAGCGCUUCUACGCCUCGCAGAACCGCUUCCUGCAGCUGCUGCUGGCGUGCUACCACUUUGUGGCGGCCCAUUCGGACCUGCUCUGCUACUUCGUCAUUGUCCUCAACAACAUGGUGACAGCCUCGGUCAUCUCGCUGGUCCUGCCCGUCCUGACCUUCCUGUGGGCCAUGCUCUCCCUUCCCCGGCCCAGCAAGCGCUUCUGGAUGAUGGCCAUCGUGUACACCGAGGUGAUGGUGGUGGUGAAGUAUCUCUUCCAGUUCGGCUUCUUCCCCUGGAAUAGCUACUCGACUCUGGUGCGGCAGGAAGCCAAGCCUUUCUUUCCACCCCGUAUCCUGGGCCUGGAGAAAACAGACAGCUACCUCAAGUACGACCUGAUCCAGCUGAUGGUGCUCUUCUUCCACCGUUCCCUGCUCCUGAGUUAUGGUCUGUGGGAUCACGAUGAAAACAUUCUGGCCAAACCGCAGCCGGAGGAAGCUGAGCCUGAGCCGCCGGUUUUGACCGAGAGGGGAAGUGUGGUCAAGCCCCUGUCACAAGCCGAAAAGGAAGUAGAGAAAGCGGAGGCUCUGGAGGUAGAACCCGAGCCCCAGAAAGCAGAGGCUCUGGAGGCAGAGCCUGAGCGCAAAGGAAUCCGCUUGCGAUUCAGGAAGAAGAAGCCAAAGAAGCGGGCCAAGGAGGAGAAAGAAGCGGUAGCAGAAGAGGAGCCAGGAGAGCAGCAACAGGAAAAGAAGGAGGCAGAGGAGGAGAAGGAGGAAGAAAAGAAGUCAAGUCCAGCCCAGGAGAAACUGAAGGCUGCUGGACUCAGAGCAAAACGUGCCUGCCUUUCUGCGGUGCAGGUUGUAUACCGGCCAGUCCGGCAGUUCUUCUGGGAUAUUCUGCACAGUGAAUACCGGGCCGCCACUGAUGUCUACGCCCUCAUGUUCCUGGCUGAUGUGGUCGACUUUAUCAUCAUCAUCUUUGGGUUCUGGGCCUUUGGAAAACACUCGGCCGCUGCGGACAUCACCUCCUCCCUCUCGGAUGACCAAGUGCCGGAGGCCUUCCUGGUGAUGCUGCUGAUCCAGUUCUCCACCAUGGUCAUUGACCGGGCCCUCUACCUGCGCAAGAGCGUCCUGGGCAAGCUCCUCUUCCAGAUCAUCCUCGUCUUCGGCAUCCACCUCUGGAUGUUCUUCAUCUUGCCUGCAGUCACCGAGAGGAUGUUCAGUUUGAACACCGUGGCCCAGCUGUGGUACUUUGUGAAGUGCAUCUACUUCGCCCUGUCGGCCUACCAGAUCCGCUGCGGCUACCCCACGCGCAUCCUGGGGAACUUCCUCACCAAGAAAUACAACCACCUCAACCUCUUCCUUUUCCAAGGGUUCCGCCUGGUGCCUUUCCUGGUAGAGCUGCGGGCCGUCAUGGACUGGGUCUGGACCGACACCACCCUCUCCCUCUCCGACUGGAUGUGCGUGGAAGACAUCUACGCCAACAUCUUCAUCAUCAAGUGCAGUCGGGAGACUGAGAAGAAAUACCCACAGCCCAAGGGGCAGAAGAAGAAGAAGAUUGUCAAGUACGGCAUGGGAGGGCUCAUCAUCCUCUUCCUUAUCGCCAUCAUCUGGUUCCCGCUGCUCUUCAUGUCGCUCGUCCGUUCCGUGGUGGGCGUGGUCAACCACCCCGUUGACGUCACCGUCACCCUCAAGUUGGGGGGUUAUGAGCCUCUGUUCACCAUGAGUGCCCAGCAGCAAUCUAUCCAGCCCUUCACCCUCAAGGAUUACGAAGCACUGACGGACAAGUUCGAACGGGAGCCGAUAGCCAUGCAGUUCAUCACUCUCUACGGCUACGAGGAUCUGGUGAAGGCUCGCAUCGAGGGCAGCUCCGGAUCGCUCUGGAGCAUCAGCCCGCCCAGCCGGGAGCAGCUGCGGGAAGAGCUCCACAGCGGCUCCUCGGAUAUCACUCUGCGCUUCACCUGGAGCUUCCAGAGGGAUCUUGGCAAGGGGGGCACGGUGGAGUACACCUCUGAGAAGCACACGAUGGACCUGAAGCCCAACAGCACCGAGCGAAGGAAUCUGGCCGGGCUGCUGCAGGGCACCCACAACGCUCCCGCGAAAAUCCCCCACCUCUUUCCUCCCUACAUCCGGGCACCCAAUGGCCCUGAGGCCAACCCUGUGAAGCAGCUGCUGCCAGAGGAUGAGGACAGCUACUUGGACGUGGAAGUCCAGCUGAAGCGGCAGCGGGUGGGGCCAGGCAACAGCAGCGACAGCUUCCUGGAGUGGUGGGUGAUCCGUCUGGCUGGCUGCCAGCACGAGGACUGCAGGAUCCUCCCCAUGGUCAUCUUCAGCGACAAGGUCAGCCCUCCCAGCCUGGGCUUCCUGGCAGGAUACGGCAUCAUGGGCCUGUACGUCUCCAUCGUGCUGGUGAUCGGCAAGUUCGUGCGCGGCUUCUUCAGCGAGAUCUCCCACUCCAUCAUGUUCGAGGAGCUGCCUUGCGUGGACCGCAUUCUCAAACUCUGCCACGACAUCUUCCUGGUGCGUGAGACGGGGGAGCUGGAACUCGAAGAGGAGCUCUACGCCAAACUCAUCUUCUUGUACCGUUCGCCCGAGACCAUGAUCAAGUGGACCCGGGAGAAGGAGUGAGGCCUCCCCGAGAGAGAGAACUGUGGUCUCCCCCGUCUGCAAGACGGAUGCUGCAUUCUGGAGCCACUCAUUUCUCCAAAGGGAUCUCAAUAAGGACUGGGAAGGGAAAGCACUCCGGCGGCGGUUGGAUCCCGAGACGGACUCUCUCCGGCUCUUGCCUGGCCUAAAGGUUUCUAGGAGGGGCAGCCCCUGACCUCUGAGCCAUACCUGCUGCCCCACUGCCUGGGGGAGGGGAACAACACUGUCACUUUUUGAAACAAGACUUCUUUUUAAUGGCUCUAGAAAGGGUAGGGUGAAAACCCCCACUUCGGUGCCUCGCACACCCUGGCUGGGACAUUUGCAGCAAAAGGGGAAAAGAGGAAAGGGGGGGGGGGUGUACCAGCAGGGCAGUUAGAAAAUGACUGUAAGAGGGAUCACCUUGCUGAUCGGAAGUCCACUCUGUGGCCAGAGCAAUAACCUGCUUGUACCCCUCUAUGCUGGGGGUACAACCCUCCCUCCCUCUCCAAAUGUGAGUGCCCAUGAACUAGGAGAGCCAGUUUGGUGUAGUGGUUAAGUGCGCGGACUCUUAUCUGGGAGAACUGGGUUUGAUUCCCCACUCCUCCACUUGCACCUGCUAGCAUGGCCUUGGGUCAGCCAUUAGCUCUGGCAGAGGUUGUCCUUGAAAGGGCAGCUGCUGUGAGAGCCCUCUCCAGCCCCACCCACCUCACAGGGGGUCUGUUGUGGGGGAGGAAGGGAAAGGAGAUUGUGAGCCGCUCUGAGACUCUUCGGAGUGAAGGGCGGGAUAUAAAUCCAAUAUCAUCUUCUUUUUCUUCUUCUACUUGCCAGCCUCUGCUGCUGCAAACAAGGGGGGGGGGGAGGCAGCUGGUCCCCAAAGACACUUUUUCUAAGGAGGCGGUUUUAUUUAUACAGAUCUAUAUAAUAAAAAUUAAAA